AUGGGUCUCAACUUCUCAAAGCUCUUCAACAACAUGUUCGGGAAGAAGGAGAUGCGAAUCUUGAUGGUCGGUCUCGAUGCCGCUGGUAAGACCACCAUCUUGUACAAGUUGAAGUUGGGAGAGAUCGUCACCACGAUUCCUACUAUCGGAUUCAACGUCGAGACCGUCGACUACAAGAACAUUUCCUUCACCGUGUGGGACGUUGGUGGUCAGGACAAGAUCAGGCCUUUGUGGCGACACUACUUCCAAAACACCCAGGGUAUCAUCUUCGUCGUCGACUCGAACGAUAGGGACCGAGUUGCCGAGGCCAGGGAAGAGCUCCAGCGAAUGUUGAGCGAGGACGAGUUGAGGGAUGCUCUUUUGCUCGUUUUCGCCAACAAGCAGGAUCUUCCCAACGCCAUGAACGCUGCCGACCUCACCAACAAGCUCGGACUGCCCUCUUUGCAGAGCCGACAAUGGUACAUCCAGGCCGCUUGUGCUACUUCCGGUGACGGUCUUUACGAGGGUUUGGAAUGGCUGUCGCUCAACCUCCGAAAGCGUGAGAAGUAG